CGUUUGCUGCGACAGCACUUGGCGGCAGCGGGGGGAUCGAGGAGAAAGCCAGCUGAUACACCAUUGCUACUGUACUCCUCCGAUUGAGCCAAUAUUCGGUCAGCUCCGGUGUAUUCAGUUGGUUUAAGCCCUCGCCUUGUGAAUGAGACUGUCCGCAACGUUCUUCAAGCGCGUUCUUCCACCUUAAUGCGGUGGGAUGGCCACAGUGCCGCCUGGGCCUAGUAGCGCUCUCCCCGCAUCCCCGGCUGAAAGUCCACCGUUUACCGGCGCUGUGGACUCGGAGACGGCGAGGGAGGACGGACAACCGCUCUGUCACAGGCAGGGCACUUUAUCCAGUGUUGCGGGGAAGAAAGCGCAGUCAGAAAACGAGGUGAAACGGUCGGUUAAGAAGAAACAGAAGAGCAUGCUAGCCAGAGCUAGCCCAGCGCCGCUGCACCUGAAAAUGCGAGCCCGGGAUCAGCCGCAGCUAAACGGCCUGGCGUGCUCACCGGAGGACGCUGACCGACUCCGGCACGGAGCUACUCGACCUGACAACCCGAGGUCGUCCGCGGACAACUGUGACAGCAGCAACGACGAGGCUCCACUGUCCAGAAACAAUAGUGAGGACUGCCAGCAGGAAGGCCCCUGCUCCAAAAACGGUAGCCUCUCUCUCUCGGUUAACAAUAGCAUGAACGGGGUACCGAGUCUCCCAAGGACUGAAGGGACCCUCGAAGGAGAAGGGAAGGGUGAUCUUGACGGUGCCGGGCCUGUGGGAGAGCAGAAGCCCGGUGACUGUCCGCUGCUCCAGCCGCCUACAGAGGAGCUGGCCCGACUCGACCUCAGCUGCUGCCCCGGCCCAGCCCAAGACCAGAGCCACGGUAUUUGUUAUGUGCGCUACGAGUCCGAACUGCAGAUGCCCUGGAUUAUGAGACUGAUCACCAAGGACUUGUCCGAGCCUUAUUCAAUUUACACCUACAGGUACUUCAUUCAUAACUGGCCGCAACUCUGCUUCCUGGCCAUGGUGGAGCAGGAGUGUGUGGGAGCCAUCGUGUGUAAGCUUGACAUGCACAAGAAAAUGUUCAGACGCGGUUACAUUGCCAUGCUGGCCGUGGACUCGAAACACAGAAGGAAAAGUAUCGGUACUAAUCUAGUGAAGAAGGCCAUCUAUGCCAUGGUGGAGGGGGACUGUGACGAAGUCGUAUUAGAGACGGAGAUCACCAACAAAUCAGCCCUGAAGCUCUACGAAAACUUAGGCUUUGUCAGAGACAAGCGGCUCUUCAGAUACUACCUGAACGGAGUUGACGCUCUGCGGCUCAAACUGUGGCUCCGCUGAGAAGAAAAGAUGCGGGGGACGGGAAAGAGGGGCUGGCGGGAGCUGUUCACAGCACACUCAGCCUCAGAGUUGCCCUGGUCAUUUCACUCACUCACACACACACACACACAUUGACACACAAUCGCACCCACUUUCUGUCCUUGACCGUGAAACUGUUGACAGACUGAAGCCCUCCAGAUGUUUUACCUACUUUUACUGACGAAAGGUUGAGUGAGGAGGGGGGUUUGGUUGUGAGGGCAGCUCAGGUGGGGACAGGAGUCCGCAUCCAACAGGAAUUAACCCACAAUCAUCCGCACGACAACAGUCAGGCAGGACAGAGACAAACAAACUGGGAAAGAAAUAUAUUUGUGGAGUUUAUUUUUGUGUUUCUUUUUUAACCUUGUAAUUUGGACGAGGAGAGCUCUGGUAUGACUGUGUUUGUACAGCCUUUACGUGUUUGUUUUCUUAAAGCGGGCGUGGAGCCCGUUUGUGUGCGCACGCGCGCCUGCUCUCGCCGCGGGCAAGCGUGUGGACGUGUGUCUUGGGUUUCCGUCACCUGCCUCAGCCAACGGGACUGUAUAAGCAUGCGUUUGUUUGGCGCACGCCAGACGGAAGAGUGCGUCCUGAUAAACCUAUCCCUGUUCGGUGUAAGCAUGUCCGCGCAGAGCCUUGGAUCGAGUUACCAAUUCACUCAUGUACCCCGCUAACGGAUCAUGCCAGCGCUCCCGUUUGUUUUUCCCUCCUCGAGAUGAGCUCUCCUGAAGUGCACUGCCAGGUUCUGCAAACUUCUGGAACAAAGUGUUUUCAUGAGAGGUUGCCAAUGCGGUCAAAAGGCCGCUGUUUACUCCUUUUAAUCAGACUGUAACCAUGUUCCUCUUGCGCCACACUGUCGGCCAUCCCUCUGCCCAGAGCAUCAUGCUUUGUUUGAAUUAUGCAAUCAGUAAUUUAACUCUUAAAUGUAAAACAAACUUUUUUUUAAAUUCUGUUCUUUAAUUUACAGUAUAUCCACAACGCUCCCAGGUGCCCGCACACAACCUUUACAUCCCUUCUUCAUGAGUACUUGAACAAAUGUAGACAUGGAUGCUGCGUUUGUAUGAGUUGCCGGCAUAAUUCUCUCCACCCAAGAAAUAAAACCCUGCUAUUUAUAGGAUCGCUGGUGGUCGACUGCUGUGCACCUCCAGCUGUUAUUUAUUUUUCCGAUCAUGCAAAUUAGUGAUAUAAACACUGCCAGCAACUUGCUUAAGUCUCCCAAGAGGAUCCAAUGUGGCGCCGCACGACCAUGACUGCGGUUGAUCAUGUUUACACUUCCCACCUGCAUUCAGAACAAAUGUCCAUCCGUCUUGUUUGGAAAGGGUUGGGUUAAAGAUUUGAUGCUUGCAUUUUGUUUGUGCCACUUAUGAACCAUCCAGGUGUGAUGCCAGCGUACGCAGCUACGACCUGAACAUUAUCAUCGGGGUAUUUAUUGUUUUGAAGUUGAUUUCUUCCCCCGCGCAAAAUAUUUCCUUCAGUUUAUUGUAACUGUAAGAUGAGGGCGGGCGACAGGCGACGCCUUCUGAAAAAAUGUCAUAGCAGUUGCCCAUCGGAAGAUGCUUUAUGAUCCAUCUGAAUCCAGGAAAACUCUGGGCAUUAAAUCCUUGCCACAAUCUUUGCCCCGCCAGAGACUCGAGGGCUGCGUCAAUUGUGGCCAGUGGUUUCUUCUAUCACCUAUCAUGAGACUUUUUUUUUUUUGAGACAUGCCAGUACAGUGUUCUUGUCCCAACUCCCAACCAUGUCCCGGACCUCACCCGGGAAGACAGCAGCCCCACACUAAAAUGACUGUCCAUGUCUUUUAAUGCCGGAAACAACAGAGUUUUGCAUGGCCCUCCCCCUGGCUUUCACCGUCCGUCUAUUACAAUCUGAAAAUGUCCAAAAGCUUUUAUUUAAUGUGGAAAAAAACACAGAAAUAAAUUAUUCUUUUUUUUUUUUUUUUUUUUAAUGCUGUAACCAUUUUGUCUGGAGUUUUCCGUCACUACAUUGCAGCCAUCUCGGUCACACACGUUUACAAAACGAUAUAUACACGACACACAAUGGAACCAUAUUGCUUUCACACAAGUAGGAAAUUCAUCAAACAGGAUGUGAUAUGUUGGAAUGUUACAGACCUCAGUGGGGCGAAUGACCUGAUGAACAAUAUUUUUCUGAAAGUGAUUCAAAAAUGAAACUCCUGAAACAGUCCUGCUGUGUCUGUUUCAUCCCUCUGCUCAACUAACAAAAUGCAUAAAGUAUUGUGCAAAGAGCUGCUGUUUAAUUUUUUUUUUCUAAUUGUGCUUUUUCAAAAAAUAAAAACGACAUGCAUUUAAUACAUCAACCCUUCAUUUAGGGUUUGUUAAUGCUACAUUAUUGAUAUAGAAUAUUGAAAUACUCAGGAAAGCUGAUGAACUCAAACAAUAAAAUGCAGUUUUUAUUUGCAUGUCAACAAGGUUUUCUAUGAAGCAGGCUGAGCGUAAACUGAAAGCUGGUCCUCGAACUGAAAUGUAAUCUGAAACUGGUUUAAAAGUAAAUGUUGGUCCCAAGUUAUGAACGAUAUUGCUGUCUGUUCUGCUGUUUUCAAUGUGCUAUUGUUACUGCUCUUGAUAAACAUGUCUUUUUAUGUACAUUAACCACCAUUGGCUGCAUUUACUGUACAUAUAUUUACACUUACUUAGUCUCAACUGCAGCUGUUCUGUCAGGAAACCAGCACACAGUCUGAAUUUACUUGACUGUGAAAUGUUAAACUAGUUCCCCUCACGUUUCCUUUGGGCUCAAUGUUCCAUCAAUAUACAGGGAAAUUCCCUGUGUACUUAUGCUCCGUCAUACUCAGCACAUCAGAUGAGUCAUAGCUGAACAACCAUGG